GAAGCCAGAAGAGAGGGAGCAAAACCCAGCCCAGGCCGAGAGCUGCGUCCAGAAACCAAACCCGCCCUUCGCGUCGCAGAGGAGAUUUUUUUUUUAACCAUUAUUAUUAUUAUUAUUUUUAUUUUUAAUACCCCUGACCCGAGCACGGUGGCGGCAGCGGCGCCGGGGCAGGGAGGCUGUCCCGGUUAUUUAUUCUCUCCCCGCAGAGCUGUCCCUCCGGCUCACCAUGAUGUUCCGAGACCAGGUUGGCGUGCUGGCCGGGUGGUUCAAGGGCUGGAACGAGUGCGAGCAGACUGUUGCGCUGCUCUCCCUGCUCAAACGCGUCAGCCGGACCCAGGCUCGCUUCCUCCAGCUCUGCCUCGAGCAUUCCCUGGCAGACUGCACCGAGCUCCACAUCCUCGAAGGGGAGGCCAACAACCCCGGAAUCAUUAACCAGUGGCAACAGGAAUCCAAGGAUAAAGUGAUCUCCCUCUUGCUAACCCACCUGCCUUUACUGAAGCCCGGCAACAUCGAGGCGAAAGUCGAGUACAUGAAACUCUUGCCCAAAAUCCUGGCGCACUCCAUCGAGCACAACCAGCACAUCGAGGAGAGCAGGCAGCUGCUGUCCUACGCCUUGAUCCACCCUGCCACCUCCCUGGAGGACAGGAGCGCCCUGGCCAUGUGGCUCAACCACCUGGAGGACCGCACGUCGGGCGGCUUCGGUGGCCAGGGCCGCGGCCGCUCCGACUCGCUGGACUACGGGCAGCAGGCUCACUACUAUCACCAAAGACAGAACUCGGAUGACAAACUCAACGGGUGGCAGAACUCCUCCCGGGACUCCGGCAUCAGCGUCAGCGCCUCCAGCUGGCAGGACAAAAGCCUGGCCUGUGAGAAUGGCCACCUGCCCCUCUACUCCUCCUCCUCUGUCCCCACCACCAUCAACACCAUCGGCACUAGCACAAGCACCAUUCUCUCAGGCCAGACACACCACAGCCCUUUGAAACGCUCUGUGUCCCUUACCCCACCCAUGAAUGUGCCAAACCAACCUCUAGGACAUGGAUGGAUGUCUCAUGAGGACUUACGAGCUAGAGGACCCCAGUGCAUCCCUUCUGACCAUGCCCCCCUGUCUCCACAAAGCAGUGUAGCCUCUUCGGGAAGUGGUGGGAGUGAACAUUUAGAAGAUCAGCCUUCCGCUCGUAACACAUUCCAGGAGGAAGGGAGUGGGAUGAAAGAUGUCCCAGCGUGGCUGAAGAGCCUCCGGCUGCACAAGUACGCCGCCCUCUUCUCCCAGAUGACGUACGAGGAGAUGAUGGCCCUCACCGAAUGCCAGCUCGAGGCACAGAAUGUUACCAAAGGAGCGAGACACAAAAUAGUCAUCAGUAUCCAAAAGCUAAAAGAAAGACAAAACCUGCUCAAAUCUUUAGAAGGGGACAUCCUGGAAGGUGGCAACUUGCGUGUCCCGCUGCAGGAGCUACACCAAAUGAUCCUCACCCCCAUCAAAGCCUACUCUUGCCAGAACUCGAGCACGGAGGAGCAGAGCCCGAGGGACGUGGACUCUCAGCACCCCUCGUCGCUGCUGGGCUCGGACAGCCAAGGCUCGGACUGCAAGGACUCCGCGGCAGCCGGGAUGCAGCAGCACCACCUGCCGGGAUGCGAGGGCGAGUCCGGGGGAGCUCCUCUGCCCGAGGGUGACCUGCCCGGACAGUUCACCCGAGUCAUGGGCAAAGUCUGCACACAACUUUUAGUUUCCCGACCUGAUGAAGAGAAUAUAAGUUCCUAUUUACAGCUCAUAGACAAAUGUCUAAUCCACGAGGCGUUUACAGAGAUCCAGAAGAAGCGGCUGCUGUCAUGGAAACAGCAGGUGCAGAAACUCUUUCGGUCUUUCCCUCGGAAAUCCCUCCUGGAGCUGUCAGGAUACCGGCAGCAGAGGAGCCGAGGUUUUGGCCAGUCCAACUCCCUCCCGACAGCCGGAUCCGCAGGGGCAGGGCUGGCCCGGAGGAACCCCCGCCAGUUCCAGAUCCCCUCCCGAAACCUCCCCACGGCCAGGCUGGGGCUGCUGGGCCCCACGGGGCUGCUGGGCACCCCCCAGCGCAGCCCUGCUGCCAGCCCUGCCAUCCUCAAGCAAGGCAGACAGAACCUGUGGUUUGCCAACCCUGGGGGCAGUAACAGCAUGCCCAGCCGGAGCCACAGCUCGGUGCAGAGGACGCGCUCGCUGCCCGUCCACACGUCCCCGCAGACCAUGCUGAUGUUUCAGCAGCCAGAGUUCCAGGUGCCGGUGACUGAACCUGACAUCAACAACAGGCUGGAGUCCCUGUGCCUGAGCAUGACGGAGCACGCACUCAGCGAUGGUGUCGACAGAACCUCCACGAUCUAGAAGGCGUCGCCAGGGGGACGCUGGCCGGGACAACAACAACUGCUGCGGGUCCAGCGGCGAGGUCGGGGCUUGAGGGAGCCUCAGCAUAGCUUGCAUCCUUUCUCCUCUCUCCUCUCCUCUCCUCUCUCUCUCUCUCUCUCUCCUGUUUUAAUUUUGUGAAUGUGUAGAUUGUCCUUGUGAACAUAUCAUUAGACUUGGAA